CGCUGGUAAACCUUGUAAAAGCUCUGGCGUUGACAGCUGGAAGGCAGCUGGGACUGUGGCGCCCCCCUCCUUGUACCCACCGGCCCCAUCCGAUUGCCGAGCGGAACCCUCCUCAGUCCUGGAACAACCUUCUUUAAGGGAAGCCGACCCCACCCGAUGUCUUCAAUCCCACUGGAAUCGUCCCUCCCAAACCUGAAAGCCCUGUACACUCCUUGGCCCCAUCUGAUCACGGCAAGUUAAAGUUCAAGCCUAGACUGGGCAACUCCCUGAGGACUGUAAAGUCCUUUGGUGGCCCCCAGUUGACCUCUUCUGACCAUGGAAAACCAUCAACCUGAGCACCCGAUCUCUGUCAAGGCCAGGACUGCAGAAGCAGUCAGCCCUGAAAACCACGAGGUGCUAUCAGAACCGGAAGAGCACCGCCAGGACGAGGAUGCUGGACAGGCUGAUGGGGCAGCCAGAGAGGCUGUUGGGGUGGCUGGAGAGGCUGAUGGGGCGGCCAGAGAGACUGUUGGGGUGGCCAGAGAAGCUGUUGGGGUGGCCAGAGAAGCUGUUGGGGUGCCCAGAGAAGCUGAUGGGGUGCCCAGAGAAGCUGAUGGGGUGACCGGAGAAGCUGAUGAAGCAGCUAGAGAACAGGAGCCAGAAGAUCAAGGGUCACUGCCAGUCCAGGGCCAGGAUAAACCUGAGUCCCCUCCACCUGAUGCUAGCUCAAACCAGCUGGGGCCAGCCCACCAGACACCACCUGAAGCAGAGACAGUGGGGGUGCACUCCAGGCCCCAGGAGCUUCCCCAGUCCCCCAGGGCCCGACAGCCCGAGCUGGAUUUCUACUGUGUGAAGUGGAUCCCCUGGAAGGGAGCACGGACACCCGUCAUCACCCAGAGCUCUAACGGCCCUUGUCCUCUCCUCGCCAUCAUGAACAUCCUGUUUCUCCAGUGGAAGGUAAAGCUGCCCCCUCAGAAGGAAGUGAUCACAUCAGAUGAGCUCAUGGCCCAUCUUGGAGACUGCCUCUUGUCCAUCAAGCCCCAGGAGAAGUCAGAGGGACUUCAGCUUAAUUUUCAGCAGAAUGUGGACGAUGCAAUGACAGUGCUGCCUAAACUGGCCACAGGCCUGGAUGUCAACGUGCGGUUCACAGGUGUCUCGGAUUUUGAGUAUACGCCCGAGUGCAGUAUCUUCGACCUACUAGGGAUACCUCUGUACCAUGGCUGGCUUGUUGAUCCACAGAGCCCUGAGGCUGUGAGUGCAGUUGGGAAGCUGAGUUACAAUCAGCUGGUAGAGAAGAUCAUCACCUGCAAGCACUCCAGCGACACCAACCUCGUCACAGAAGGUCUGAUUGCAGAACAGUUCCUGGAGACCACCGCGGCCCAGCUGACCUACCACGGACUGUGUGAGCUCACCGCAGCUGCCAAGGAGGGUGAACUUAGCGUCUUUUUCCGAAACAACCACUUUAGCACUAUGACUAAGCACAAGAGUCACCUGUACUUACUGGUCACUGACCAGGGCUUUCUGCAGGAGGAGCAAGUGGUGUGGGAGAGCCUGCACAAUGUGGAUGGGGACAGCUGCUUCUGUGACUCUGACUUCCACCUAAGUCACUCCCUGGGCAAGGGGCCUGGAGCAGAAGGUGGGAGUGGCUCCCCAGAAAAGCAGCGGCAGGUCGACCAGGACUACCUGAUUGCCCUGUCCCUGCAGCAGCAGCAGCAGCCACAAGGCACGUUGGGUCUUAGCGACUUGGAGCUGGCCCAGCAACUUCAGCAAGAGGAGUACCAACAGCAACAAGGGGUCCAGCCUGUGCCAGCAAGGGCCCCGUCGCCCCAGGCGAGAGGAGCGCCGCCCGGACGCCCAGCCGGAGAGCGCCGGCGGAGGCCAAAGCCAGAGUCCGACUGCGUCCUCCUGUAGCGCUCGCUGCCGGGCUGCCCUGCCUCUCCUUUCAGAGGCUCUGGCUACUUUGCUUGCUCCCCUAGGUCAGCCCCUGAGAUAUGCAGGGUAACUUAUUUAUGGACUGUUGGGGAUCACAGCAGGCAGUAAAUGUCAAGAUCACACUCAGCGACAUCCUUGCCCUCAAGUGCUGCGGCUUCUCUCCCUCCCAAUUACCCAGGGCAACAGUGGGACUGGUGGGGUGAGGACUUCUGGUUCCCUACUCCCCUGUCCCAGAAUAUCACACUACUGUGGAGACUCCAGGGUGAGGUCCCUGUCUAGACAGCAUCUGCCUGGCUUCCCACCCUCACUGACUGGGUCCUCUGGCCAUCCUGCAGGUCCGUCCCCCUUGUUUCAGGAUUUGGUUUGGAUUUCUAUCUCCAUUAUCUGUAAUGCCUUCCUAGGGGUUUGGAAAUAAAACCUGAUUCCUGAGA